AAGCUAAUAGUAAACGUAUGCAAUAUUUUUUGGGCAUCAAAACUGUGACACAUGCGACACUUGGCAAUGUCGUUAUUUUGGCUUUUUUGGUAGGAAAAAUAAAAAUUACAAAAUUAUUGGCAAGAAGAUAGAUGCGAAACCUGCCGCGGCGUUCCCAGGUGGGGCUCAGUGGGGUUGUGUGCAGGCGUGUGGCGAUAGAGGCGAGCUGAAAAAUGCCAGCUCUGCUGGCGCUUUUCCUGGGUCAAAAUCAUUUCGUGAAACUUGUCAAUCAUCACUUGAUUAUCCUUAAAACCAACGCACUCCUUAGCCGCCUUCAAGCCCAGCCACUUCAAUUCCGUAUGCUCUUCAGAUAGAAUAGGUUCCUGGUUGGGAUUACGGAGCUCAGCCAGCCAAUAGAUAACAAUCUUUGGUUUUCCCUUGACCUCAUAAUUGAGCGUUAUAGGGGUGUUUUGGUGUAUAAUCAAGUCCUUUUCGUCAUAGCUGUAUAUGCGCGUUUGACGCGUUUCAAUUAGAUGGUGUACAAAUGCAUUGUAUAGUAAAUCACUUGCCCGGCUUCCUCUUUAGUUUCCCGCAGCGCUGUGGUGAAGUCGUCCUCUCCCGGAUCGACAUGACCCUUGGGUGCACUCCAGUGAAAGCUGCCAUAGGAGGCUUUUAACAAUAAGUACUGUAUCUCCCCACAGAGACGACGAAAAAUAACAAGUCCAGCCGCUUUUUUCAUUGUCUUGCUGUUGAUUGGCUCAGUGCUGGAAAGUUUCAUCAGGUAAAAAGAUAUGUGUUGUAAAGAUUAAAACUGAGCUCGAUGUGCACGUUUUUGAGUGAAUUCAUUACAUAAAAAAUUGUUAAAAUUACUUACACGAUGUACGCAUUACUUCGCCGAUUUGCGGGGGCCGCCUCUACCCCCACCAAAAAAUUGAGAUGUUACUCUUCCUUCACGCCGAGAGAUGUGCUGCGGGACACCGCCGAUGAGGCCGGCACGCUGCUCACACGGUUUGCCAAACACAUCGCUCUGGAGCGGUACAAGGAUAAAGAGCAUGUGCUGCCUCCGACGACAGUGCGGUAUGCCGACUAUUUUCCAAUCACAGACGGUCGCUACUUCCAGCGAUCUGUGGAGAAGACAGAUGCUUCACAACUGCCAGCGCUGAUCAUUCUAGCUUCAAGCUAUCGUUCGAAUGCAGCUCUUCCUAUGUAUGUAACCGCUCUAAACACAUUGGAUGCACAUGCUGUGGCACAGCUCGCAAAGAUGGACACCUCAACAGUGCUUGAAACGCUGUAUUCAUUCCUUUUCCUCAUACCAAACUGGCUGAAAAGAACGGAUUUUCAUCAGGAAGCAGUGCGCAGGCUGGCUAUGGAGGAUUUCCACGACAACAAAGAGCGGUUUCUGCAAGUUUGCUUUUAUAUGGGACUGCAAAAGAAGCAGACGACAUCAAACGAUUUUCAAGAGCUCCUGGAGGAGCAGCUUCCAAAGCAUUUGCCAGCCCUAAGUGAACUGGAUCUCGCUCUGAUAAGCAAUGCCGCCUACAAGACGUCCACUGUGAUUAAGGGCACUGCGAAAGAGGCUUAUGACACAACUUUGGCUAAUGCCGUUUUGAGUUUGAAGCUCACUUCAGAAAGCUCUGCCCUGUUAAUAUCUUUCAUCAAGGCUAUGCGGCUGCAGCGUGUGCGAGACGAACGAGUGUGCCAGCAUCUGCAGCAAAUUUGUUUGGACUCUGCGCAAAUAACUCAGAUUGAACCCAGAGGAUUGGGACACAUUUUUGCAUUUUUUGCCGAACAACUUUGGGACCAAGAAGAAUGUCUGUCCGUCAUAGUGGAGCGGCUAAUGGGCUCUCUCAAGCCAGGAGACUUGAGGGCCAAAGACUUAGCCACAUUUCUGUGGUCUUGCGCACAACUCAAUUGCCAAUUGUCUGCUGCGCAGCUCAGACAGCUUGAGCUGGCUGCCCUUCGAAAACUCGAUCAUGGCGAGUAUAAUUUUUACCCAGACAACCUGGUAGAUACCUGCCUAUCCCUGUACACGUUGGGGCAUUACUCAAAGGAUUUGAUAGACGCCGCCGAAGAACUGAAGGCCACGCAACAUCGCCAGAAAGCACAACCCAAAGUGGACAGCCGGCUAACAGUCCUGCGCUCGGCUGUGGCCAUCGAACAUCCAUCACUGGCAAAAUUGAAAACCGAACAGGUGUUCAAGGAGUUUACCCGGGCCCCUGGAUAUUUGCUCAAGGAACGGACGGACUUUACCAAGUACGCCGAGCAGUUAGGUCUAGAUGCUGAGGUGGAGGGCGUUGAUCUAGUCUGCCCCAUCAGUGGCAUCAAUAUCCCCAGCCUGCGAGUGCAGACAAUGGGCGGCCAGGCGAGCGUCUACUUUGUGGAACUACUCACUCCACAACAAACUUUAAGGUUUAGCAAGAAACCCACGUCCUUGAUCCGCCUAAAGCAGCGGCUCUUGGAAUCCUUAGGUCAAAAAGUUGUUUUGCUGCACUCCGGAAAUAUGGCGACCAGUGCCAAGGAACUUCAAAAGCUCCUACAGCCAGCGGUGGAGAGGAUACAAGAUACUGAGGUCGUCCAAGGCCUGAACAACUAAAUUGUGUGAUAUCGAGGCUGAUACCAGAGGCUUCAUAGGCUAGUUACAGAUUGUAGCUUUAUUUAACAAUGUUUUAUGUACGUGUAAAUAUUAUUUAAAUAUUAAUAGCACUAAACGUAA